AUGAAUCCAGAACAGCAAGCGGCUUGCGUUGCGUUCCUCGCGCGGUAUGCGCCUCCUCCGGGUCACCCGUGGACGACGCUGACUUUUGCGCAGUCUAGCGAUGGAAAGAUUGCGGGUCCCGGCCGCAAGACAGUGCGUAUUAGCGGUGACGCGAGCAUGGAGAUGACCCACCGCCUGCGUGCAAUGCACGAUGCGAUCGUGAUUGGUAUCGGUACCCUGCUCAAUGAUGAUCCCCAGCUCAACGCCCGCCUCGCACCGGAGCCGGCACACAACCCCCGACCUGUGGUGCUGGACGACGCUUUGCGCAUGCCCCUCGACUGCCGCCUGCUCAAGAAUGCGGCGGACGGCAGCGGACGCACCCCGCUGAUCCUCGCGAUGUACCCGGUGAAUGCGGCGGACGUCGCCGAGUGGAACCGCCGCCGCGAAGUCCUCACCCACGCCGGAGCCGAGGUCGCGAUCGUCGAGUCCGAGACCGAGGGCAUCCUCACCUGGGACGCAAUCCUCACGCGUCUCCAGCAGUUCCACCUCUUUUCGAUUAUGGUCGAAGGUGGGGCGACUGUCAUCGACAGCCUGCUGACCGCGCACGCCACCAAUCCCCCGAAAGUGCAAGCGGCGAUCGUGACCAUUUCCCCCAACCCCCUUGGCACGGACGCCUAUGGAUACAAGACCAGCCUCCCGCUGGCCGGCGGCGAGGCUAGUGCGCUGCAGUAUGCCGAGACGUUGGAGCUCGACGGCGAUCGUGUCGUGGCCCUGCGUGGCUAG